AUGGACUCAUCCACCGUAACUUCGAUUUAUUCCGACAAAGAAGGAGCCGGGCAAGAGCUUGUCGACAAAAAUGGUCGCAUCCGAAUCCGUGUCGGCCACAUCGGAGCACUGAACGCGCUUCGGAACGAUGAGGUCGUGCUGUCUGCCUCCCGAAAGUCCCUUCACCAAGAAGGGAUUCUUGAUGAUGAUUUCGACAUUGAGCUCGUCUCACAAAACGGAUGCGGAGAAUCGUACGAGGGAGUCGCCGUCGCUGCCGAUAUGUACCAUUUACAGAAAGUGAAAGCCUUCAUCGGCCCGUACUGCGCGGCGGAAAUUGAUGCGGUCGCCCGGAUGGCUUCAUUCUGGAAUAUCCCAAUCAUCGGAUACAUGGCCGCUUCAGCCUCGUUGGCUGAUAAGAACCAAUACCGUACCCUGGCUCGGGUCUCGAUGCGAUCCACCUCUUCCAUUGCCGAAGCGACAUGUGCCCUGCUGCGUCAUUAUCAAUGGAAUCGGGUAGCCCUUGUGACAAACGUGGGAGCCGUUGCGUACGAGCGAGCAACAGCCUUCGAAGAAGUAUUCCGCCAGCGUGGUGUACAGGUCGUCAAGAAGGUGAUGUUCGACGAGAGUGCAAAGGCAAAGGAUAUGUACAACAGCGGACAGCUACAGGACAUCAGCAACACGGCGAGGAUAAUCAUCAUGGUGUUCUCAAACACGCGUGAGCAAUCCCGCGAAUUCAUGACGGCAGCUACAACAGCUGGUAUGGGGAUGAACGAAUUUGCCUAUAUCCUCCCCUGGCUACAGAUCGACGACGUGAACGGGUUCGACAACUCGAUCGUUGGCCCGUUCCUCGAAAAGGUGAAGGAUGUGGGGCUGAAGCAGCAGGAUGUCGAUCUGGUAAUACAU